UCCCUCUUUCUUUCUUUCUCGAUCUUCUUUUGCUGGAAGUGUCGCCGUCGCCGUCGCCGUCGCCGUUCAAUUGUAGAAGGAAGGAAGGAAGGAAGGAAGGAUGUCUGCAAUUGGAACCUCUAAGGGCGUUCUCGAGAUCGUCAAGUUUGCAGUUUAUGUUUCAGUUCCAAUUGGUCUCAUGUACUUCUUCGCCAACAACUCCAAAAAUAUGCAGAAAUUUAUGGGAAACCGAUCUUAUGUUGUUUAUCCACCCGAGGCACCAAGACCUCCAUCUCCGGAGGAGCUGAGGGAGAGAGCUCGAGAAAUGGCUAGAAAGAACACCAUUCGCUGAGAAAACAUCACA